GGCUCUGGCCUAAGUUCCUCAUACUCAACGGUGACACUGAAGUGUAAUAUUCUACAGUAAGAAUUACCAUCCUUUGGAUGAAGCAUGUAAUUGAUAUCCAUUGUGACCACCCCAGAGGAUAUUAAAGGUCCUGCAACACUUGGGUAGAACUUUGGCAUGUGAUUGUAUAUUUGGUAGCUGCAACAGGAGAGUGAUUGCAGUGGAGACGCUGUCCACAGCUGUUUACAGCAGCAUUCCAUUUCCCAAUUGAUGGCUUGCAAUGGAGAAAAGGUUCCUAGAAAAAUAUUUGACCUUUGCAUGUGUUUGACUUCCAAUCUUUACCUCCCCUAAGGCAUGUUCAUUCCUCAUUUCCUGCUCCCACCUCCUUCCUUCACCAAACUCUGCCAUGAAAACAAGUUCCUCUAUUACGACCUGUUCUGCCAUCCACGAUGAUCAUCCUUCUUCUACAAACCCACCAAAGAUGUGUCUACAUCCCAGACCCUUCAUUGUCUUUCCAUUCCUAACCUCUAAAGAGAAUCCCACCUAUGGGAUUUGACACAACUCAGAGACUCAGAAAAUUGAAAAUGCUCAGCAUCUUUCAGGUUUUUUUCCCCCCAAAGUCCUAUCUAUUCCAGCUCCAUCCCAUUCUUCACUUCUACUCCUUCCCAUAUUGAAUCUUACACCCAGGAACUGGCAGGUAAAUAAAGGAAGAACUGACUUUCAAAUAUUUUGUUCUAAAAUGUAUUUAUUUUUCCAUUUUAAGCAUACACCUAUAGGACAGGUCCUUAGCUGGUGUAAAUCAGCAUACUCUAUAGAUGUCAGCUUAUAUCAGAUGAGGAUCCUGGGUGUUAAUAUUCUGUAACUGAUUAGUAAAUUUGUCUCUUAUAAAACCUUUACAGUUUACAUUUAAGCGGCUGUAUGAACAGCAGGCAAACUGCAUAUAUUAACAUGUUGUGUGGCUGCUGUUAAAUCUAAAUCAUGUUUGGAGAAAAGCUUAAGGGGAAAGAAAACAACAUCCAAGACCAAAUGGAGUAUUUAAAACUCAACCAGAAAAGAAAAAGCCAAACAAACUGAGCAUUUUUUUUUUGUUACUAGAAAGGAUAUAAAUCUGGACUGAUAGCUUGUAUACCAAGAUGCAAUUUGAUCUGAUUUCAAUGGCCAGGAUGUUAUGCCCAGAUAAAGGACCCAUGGGAAAAGUUUCACAUUGUGUUAAAUUAUCAGUUAAGCAUUUAUUAACUUAGUUUCUUUUCCUAACAAAAGGAUUUUACACCCCAAAAUAGAAAGCAAACAUCAACUCCAUUUUAACUAGUGUUGCAUUAAUAAACAAUAAAGGCAAUAAAACAAUUGUUUAGUUCUUACAGUGACCAGAACUUUUCUUGAUAAUGAGACACCUUGGCAGGUGCAUUUUUAUAGAUGACUAAGAAAAGCUUAAUGGACAUUUAUUAAUCCUCUACCAUUAAUUAUGCAUGUUUAUAGAAUAUGCUGUGUGUGUGUGUUUGUGUGCGUGCACACAUGCAUGUGAUCAUAAGAACAAUUGCAAUUUAAAAUAAAAUAAAGCUGGCAGAAUUGUUGAGUUAGGGAGGGUAUCUGAGUGGGAGAGGGCCAAUAUCCAAAUGUGCUAGGUUAAUUUGGUCACUUUAGCAGUAAGGCAAGCCAAGAGCUCCCAUUACAUGGGACAGUGUUGCCAGGUGUGACAGAUAUGGCAGUUUCCUACAAUAUUUUUGGGAGAUCUUACUGCAUUAAGUUUAUGUAUCAUUGUGAGUCAGGGGUUGUAUGUAAUUCAAUAUUAAUCACAGCCCCUCCAGAAACUAAGAACAGUGGGCAGUGAUCAGGCAAAUUCAUGUAACGCUUCCAGAGAGGUACUACCACCAGGAGAGUCUUGCAUAUACUGUUUUAAACUAGAUUCUCCAGAGACCACCGUACAGACAAAGGACUUUGAAUAAAUAGUUUGAGUUUAAGCUGACUCAGGGCCACCUUUUGAUUCAGCAAACAGACAGGACCCUCUGUCCAAGGGGAGGACCCAACUGUUUUGUAAGGGGUGGAAGGGGUUAUUAGGUGUCCGUAAGACUGAUGGCUGCCCUCUGGUAAGCUUUUAGCAUGCGUAUAGGAACUUUUAUUGUUUAAAUAUAUUUUCUCUGUAAUCCUUUUACCUUAAGAAUAAAAGUAAAGUGCUUGUUUAGAAGGAGCUGUGUGGUAAUUUGUAACUGCAGGCAAUAGACUGGUCACAGGCUUUGGAGAGAAAGCAAAGUGCAGAACCUGGUCUGUAUAGGCAAUCUGUAUUGCUGGUGAUAUCACAGAGUAACCCAGGGAGCUGUGCAGCCUUAAAAACCCCAGUCAGGUAGAAGUGAGACAUGGGUCUCUCCCCAAGAGAAGUGAUGGCUGAAAGCUGCAAACCAUUGGUGGACCAUGAAGGAGAGGAAACAGGUGCAGUUGUCCUGAGACUGGAACACCACCAUUCCUAAAUACUUAUUUGAACCAUGUUUGCCAGUGAUGGGCAGCUCUGUUGGUUCCCUAACCAGAGUUGCUGCCCAUACAGAUUGCACAUUUGCUGUUUAAACAACAGGUAAGAAAUAUCUAUGGAGGAAAACAGAGUGCUUAAUUUUGGUAGAGACUUAACAUCUUCUACAGCAGCAUAUCCAUCUCUGAUUUACCGGCAGGGAGCUAAGUGACUUCCAAAAAUCACUUUACAUGUGUUGUGCUGCACCGACACUAUGUUCCUUCUCUUUCUAAGAUAUUUAUAUGAUAUGUUAUAGAUGAUGAUAUCUCUAGCAGUCCCAGACCAAAUGUUUAUAAAAGCCUCAGUGGAAAAGAUAUGUCCAUUAAGUUUAUCUGAAAAAUAAAAAGAACCCUGCAGUUAGUUACGGAAGUAAAAAUUACCCUGGCUGACAGUGUUUCCUGGCGCUUGGUGGUUUUACUGUGCUAUUUGCAAUGAUGGAGAGGGAAUGUGAAACCACAAAGCUGCUGGAAAUUUAAAAUAACUCCAUAAAUAGAUAAUAUGAAAUUACCAAUGUUCUAUCAAAUAAACAUAGAUACAUUCAGGAGGCUCUAGCUAGCAUGUUACAUUGAUUCACCAAGAAAAUACUUUAUACAAAUUGAAAUUAAUGAUCCCCUAUGCAAAAUCCAGGAUGCCUUUUUAACAGCUACCUGGCCCACUACUGCAACCCACUGCUGUUCCCCAAGAAACUAUAAUGAUGCAAUAAUAAAGUUAAAUUUUGGAAUACACAAUAAUACUACCUCAACAUUAGUGCACAUAUAUGUAGCAUAAUACUUUCAAAUGUCUACUAAUGACACUAAGCCCUGGUCUACACUAGGACUUUAGGUUGAAUUUAGCAGCGUUAAAUCUAUGUAAACCUGCACCCAUCCACACAAUGAAGCCCUUUAUUUCGACUUAAAGGGCUCUUAAAAUCAAUUUCCUUACUCCACCCCUGCCAAGUGGAUUAGCGCUUAAAUCGGCUUUGCCGGCUCGAAUUUGGGGUACUGUGGACACAAUUUGACGGUAUUGGCCUCCGGGAGCUAUCCCAGAGUGCUCCAUUGUGACCGCUCUGGACAGCACUCUCAACUCAGAUGCACUGGCCAGGUAGACAGGAAAAGAAUCACGAACUUUUGAAUCUCAUUUCCUGUUUGGCCAGCGUGGCAAGCUGCAGGUGACCAUGCAGAGCUCAUCAGCACAGGUGACCAUGAUGGAGUCCCAGAAUCGCAAAAGAGCUCCAGCAUGAACUGAACGGGAGGUACGGGAUCUGAUCGCUGUAUGGGGAGAGGAAUCCAUGCUAUCAGAACUCAGUUCCAGUUUUCGAAAUGCCAAAACCUUUGUCAAAAUCUCCCAGGGCACGAAGGACAGAGGCCAUAACAGGGACCCGAAGCAGUGCCGCGUGAAACUUAAGGAGCUGAGGCAAGCCUACCAGAAAACCAGAGAGGCGAACGGCCGCUCCGGGUCAGAGCCCCAAACAUGCCGUUUCUAUGAUGAGCUGCAUGCCAUUUUAGGGGGUUCAGCCACCACUACCCCAGCCGUGUUGUUUGACUCCUUCAAUGGAGAUGGAGGCAACAUGGAAGCAGGUUUUGGGGACAAAGAAGAUGAUGAUGAUGAUGAUGAGGUUGUAGAUAGCUCACAGCAAGCAAGCGGAGAAACCGGUUUUCCCAACAGCCAGGAACUGUUUCUCACCCUGGAGCCAGUACCCCCCGAACCCACCCAAGGCUGCUUCCUGGACCCGGCAGGCGGAGAAGGGACCUCCGCUACAUGUGUUUCAAUGAUCACAGGAUCUUCUCCUUCCCAGAGGCCAGUGAAGAUUAGAAAGAAAAAAAAUGCACUCGUGAUGAAAUGUUCUCUGAGCUCAUGCUGUCUUCCCACACUGACAGAGCACAGAUGAAUGUGUGAAGGCAAAUAAUGUCAGAGUGCAGGAAAGCACAAAAUGACCGGGAGGAGAGGUGGUGGGCUGAAGAGAGUAAGUGGCGGGCUGAAGAGAGGGCUGAAGCUCAAAUGUGGCGGCAGUGUGAUGAGAGGAGUCAGGAUUCAAUGCUGAGGCUGCUGGAGGAUCAAACCAGUAUGCUCCAGUGUAUGGCUGAGCUGCAGCAAAGGCAGCUGGAGCACAGACUGCCACUACAGCCCCUGUGUAACCAACCGCCCUCCUCCCCAAGUUCCAUAGCCUCCACACCCAGACGCCCAAGAGCGCGGUGGGGGGGCCUCUGGCCAACCAGCCACUCCACCACAGAGGAUUGCCCAAAAAACAGAAGGCUGGCAUUCAAUAAAUUUUAAAGUUGUAAACUUUUAAAGUGCUGUGUGGCAUUUUCCUUCCCUCCUCCACCACCCCUCCUGGGCUACCUUGGUA